CAUAACAUAACCUAUAUAACUUACGAUUGCCCCUGUCGGUUGUGUCGACUCUUACCCUUGAUGAAAACAAUAAUAAAACGAUACUAUCUCAUUUAAACAAGGUGACCUUACCUUAACUGAAUGUGUUCUUUUAUUUAAAAUUUCGACAUGGAAGUCAUAUAUCUGGGAUUGGCUAUACCAGCAGCAGUUGCCAUAUUAAUCGUUUCCAGAGCUCUCUAUUUGAUUAUCCAUAUACUUUCAUCAACUUGUCAUUUAGAGAAACAUGCAUCUCUACGAACUAUUUUAUGCAUCGGAUCUGGUGGGCAUACAACCGAAAUGCUUCGGCUCUCACAGAAGCUAGAUUUACAUAAAUAUCAAGAUUGCUUGUACAUACUUGCAGACAAUGACACCAGUAGUGAAAUAAGAGUACAUAAAUCAAUUGAGAAAGGUACAAACUACACUAUUAGUAAAAUACCUAGAAGCCGAAAUGUGAAGCAGUCAUACAUAUCGUCUGUGUUCAGUACUUUGUAUGCCACUUUACAUACAGUUCCAAUUGUGUAUACAUUCAGACCAGAUGUAAUUUUUUGUAACGGCCCUGGUACAUGUAUUCCUAUUUGCAUAGUUGCUUUUAUGUUACGGUGUAUGUUUUUAUUGGACUGUAGGAUAGUGUUUGUAGAAAGCAUUUGUAGAGUUAGAACUUUGUCAUUGUCAGGCAAGAUUUUACAAUAUUUUGCAGAUGUAAUGGUUGUUCAAUGGCCUUCAUUACGAGAUGUGUGUCCUAGAGCCAAAUAUUUUGGUAGGUUGACAUGAAAAUACAUUGAAUCUACUAUGUGUAAGGGACCGUCCCCACUCAAGAGACGCAUGUCCUGAGGCGCGGAAUGGACGUCCGCGUCACGCCACCUGAAUGUAAUGUAAUUUAAAAAACGUCUCCUCAGUACAUUUUGUAUAGGAAGGACGCGCUAGGGACAUCUCUUGGCGCACUCCAGGCGGCGUGGCGCCAACCGUUGCGUCGCCUGGGGGCUCUUACGUCUUUCCUUCACAAAAUGUACUGAGGAGACGUUUUUUAAAUUACAUUCAGGCGGCGUCGAGCGGUCGUCCGUUCCGCGCCUCAGGACAUGCAUCUCUACUCUCUUGUGUGGGGAUGAUCCCUAAGGUUGAAGAAAUGAACAAAUGUUACUAAGUUUUACACUCUUGCUAAAGCAAUAAAGUUGAUUGUUUAAUAAAGUUGCUUAUUCCGACUAUUUCAUCAUAUCUUGCACAUUUCUAAUUUCUUACUCUUAUUUAUUUAAUAAUGAAACAAACAGUCAUUCACAUGAAUAUGGUCACAACAUGUGAUGGCCCUUAUCCCAAAAACCUGCACUUUACCAGGAGAAGUAAAAGUCCAAGAAACCCAUGAAAAAAUGUGUAUAAUUUUGGUGUAAUACAUAAUCCUGGAGAGAUCAUAUUAUGUCUCCUUAUUUUGAUGCAUCAAGUUUUUCUCAGCUCGACUAGACUAGCAACAAGAGAUUACUUUCCUUGCUUUUAACUUUAAACAUUGAUAUCUUAUAAUAAGUACAGAAUAAAGUUUUUGAAAGGCCACCUUUCUUAAGUCACCAUGCCACCUUUGUGGCUACUGUGAGUUCAGAAUAUGUUACAUGAUAUCAAGCAAUUCAAACGUUCACAAAAAUGUAUGUAAUUUUUACAGCUCUGCAAAAAAGUGUAGAAUUGGAACAAUUUUUUUUAUAAUAGCAACUGAACACUUACUUUUCUCAUACAGUGACUCCAAAAGUUGCCACAUUUUUUUACCAGGCUGUAACAUAUUCUUAACUCUUGGUAGGUACGUAUCACUUUCAUAAUUAAAAUUUGAGCAAGCAAGUUGUUUCAAAAUAUGUGAACUUAGCUAUUAUCAUUCUUGUUGCUAUGAACAGAACACCAUUAAAAUAUGGGCACAUUUUGACGCCUGUAAAGGUUUCGGCGUUCAAAGGUAAAGUUAUUUUAAUUAAUUUUUAUCACCAAUGAUAAUACCUUAACAGUAACAUUUUAAAUACAAAUUUAGGCACUAU